GGAGCUUUUGGGAGCUAUUUCGCCGCCGAGCAGCGCUGAGCGACGUUUAGUCUAGCAUGAGACAGCCCAGGGUGAGCACCCGAGUUUUCACACAAUAAAGGAGCUGAAGGCCGCCAACCAAGCGAUACCACCAACGCUUAGCAGCAUGUUCAAGACCAGCUACCUGCGCAAGGAGGUGCGCAAGGAAAAGUAUGAGCGCUCCGAUGUCUUCCACGAGGAACCCGAGGAGGACUCGGCGGGCAUCUCCGCCAUCCAAGGCUGGGAGAACCUCCAGGAGCUCAACAGCCGCUUCGCCCGCUACAUCAACCGCGCUCGAGUGCUGGAACAGCGCAACGCCGUGUUCCGCAAGCAGCUGGAGACGCUGCAGAGAAUGGAGGAGGCCAGCGGCCUGGAGGAGACCUUCAGGGAGCAGAUUGAAGUCAACAGGCAACGCAUCCGAGAGCUGACCUCCGACCACGGCAAGCUGGAAAGGGAGCUGAGGGACGCCUGCCGGAUGAUGGAUGAGUUCACCAGCAAAUACAGAAAUGAAUGUGAUUAUCAGGAGCAGCUACGGAGCACGCUAGAACAACUAAACAAGGAGGCUGACAGCGCCCUUCUGAAAAAUUUGGAGUUUCAGAUCCAGUCACAGUUCCUGCAGGAUGACAUCACCUCCACCAGAGAUCGACACAAGAAGAACCUUGCAGAGAUCCAGACCUACGUCAACAUUUUGCAGCAAAUCAACCAAACGCUUCCGCUUGUUCCCACCGUGUCAGUGGGCAUCUCUGAGGAGCAAGAGAAGCUGCUGGCCCAGAGCAGGCUGCCGGGCCUGUUGAGUCAGCUGGAGGAGUACAAGAGCGCCCUCUGUCAGCUGCAGGCGCAAAAACAACGUCUGCAGGCCGAGGCUGCGAUGUUGGAGCAAGCCAUCAGGAGCACCCAGGAGAGUUUUGACGACGAGAUCCAGCUGUACAACGAGCAAAUCGAAUCUCUGCGCAAGGAGAUCGAGGAAGCCGAGAGGUCGCUGGAGAGGUUCACCAGCGAGUGUCGCCACUUGGCCAUGUAUCAGACGUCCCUGGAGAACGAGCUGGAGAGGUACAAGAGGAUCAUCGAGAACGAGGACAACAGGUUGAAUUCAGCAAUAAUCGGCAGCCCCAUCACCCUGUUUAGCACCAGUUACCAUUACACUCACACCCCCUCUGCCUCUCGGGGAAGAGAUAUCACUCUUGCUAUCCAAGACAUCACUAACAUCAAGCCUCGCCAGAAGAUCAUGGCCAAGAAAGUCCAGAAGAAGAAGGAACUAACCCCAAGGGAUGUGAUUGACAAUGGUCAAGAGGAUAGAGGAGCCGCUGGGGAGAAUCCAGAUGAAGACACAAAGGGGACGCCCUCGGUUGAAGGCCAGGAGGAGAGUGUGAGGAGGACCGAGGAGAGGUCUGUGUUCUCUGACCUGUCUCCACAGGACGUCCCGGAUGGAGCACAGAUCAGCAAGGCAUUUGACACGCUGUGUAGCAUCGUCAGAGAUCGAAUGAGGAAGUACAGGAAGCCUGAACCCAUCGCGGACUUCUACACAAAGGGGCGAUACGUCCUCGUGAGCGGCGAAGGAAGCUACCUGGACCCUUGCUUCUACACCUCCACGCCAUCCGCCGGACACAUCGUCGUCACUAUCAAAGAUCAACCUCUAGGACGGAGCGCACUGUCUCCUCAACCUCCUCAGCCCAAACCUCUUAGUCCAACUCUUCCUUUUAAUGCUGGGGGUCAUAAGGAGGACAACAAGGGAGGAAAAGGGAAGGACAAUGGCGGCAAAGGCAAGCUUAAGAAGAAUGAAGAGCCUGAACCUCAACCUAAAUAUCCCGGCCCUGUCCAGCCAUCUCCUGGCCCCAAAGAUCCAGCCGUAGAGCCAGCUCCUGCUGAUCCAAAGAAGAGCAAGGAUGACGAUGGACCGAGCGGGACCACUCCGAAAUCAACACCCCGGGCCCCGAGCACCAGCUCCAGCUCAAGCACCAGCACAAGUUCCAGUAGCUUCACCCCGGAUGCAAUGAGCUACGAGAAGGUGGUGGUGGAGUCUGUGGAGAAGUUCUCCAAUGGCCGCAAGCUUAAAGGUUAUGAGGAGACUUCCAUGGUGGUGGAAACCACCAUUGAGAAAUCCAGCAAGAAGAAACAUUAGAUUCACCAUCGAAACCAAACCUCAAGAAUUAAUCACACAUUCCUGGCUUGGCUUCUGCGUCCAUGAUACCACCGUUCUCCCUGACAGCCACGCUCAUGCUUUAGUCCUUUACUGUCUGAAAACUUGGGACACAUGAUAAAAACCCCCAAAAUCCUCUGUGCCAUGAGAAAACAUGAGAAAUGAGAAGACAACUCAAAAUUUGUGCCACCCUUGUGUCUUCCAACUUUACAAUUUUUUUCACCCCCUUGAGCUCAUUUGUUCAAUUGGAUGGCAAUGCCUGCCCCCAGCACCAUCUUGCUGUGUAUUCAUUUGCUUUGAUAUCUUCAAUAAAGACCACUCAAACAUAAACGAUA